GAUAUGAUGAAAAGCAAACUAUACAAUUAAUCCAAGAGUUAUGUGAGAAUCAAUCACAGACCAGAUUACCAUAUUCACGUAAUGUAAUUAAUAAAAGAAAAAGUGUAUCUUCUGAUGAAAAACCUAAAUCGCUUUCAUGUGGACCAGAAUAUCCUUGUCGUAAUUGUUGUGAAGGUGCUUGUAAGAAGACUGAAGUUACAAAGAAAAUAUUUACUAAUAAUCAAGGAAUAAGAUAUGUUAAAUCGAUCGCUCCUUACUGGUCGAGCAAUAUUUACCUGAGACAUAUUGAUGCGAUAGACGAUCUUAUAAAAAAGAGAUGUAGAAAAUGUCAAGAGAAAGCUGUUUGUUCUAAGGUUAUGUUAUUAAAUGGUACUUGUGAUGUAGAUAUGU